AUCGUUCCUGCUUCUUCGUUGAAUUUCCUUCUCUCGGUGACUUCUAGUCUCUGUGAUUUUCUCGGCAGUUUUCUAGGGAGCCAAACAGGGAGGGAAGAGGAGCAAUUGUUGCCGCCAUUCCUUGCGCGACGGACACAGCUACUGCUUCUACUGAUCGAUUCGGGAGUAUGAGGGUUACUUCCCCUGGUCCCGUAGAGCCCAGACACCGAAUGUCAAGUUCGUCUGAAGAGACAAGCAGAAGAAGAUCCCUGAGAUAUCGAGACGUCAAAGAUGUCGAAAAGGGUGUCCAUGGCUCCUUCCAGUAUAGAAAUUGGAACGUCAAGUUCCCUACUUUGAAAGUUGUGUUGGCUCUUAUUGUGCUCGGAACUCUGUUUAUGCUUUUUCAUUCUCCUGCCGUAUACAUUGUCGAUCAUCCAUCCGGUAGUCACUCAAGAUGGAUGAAAGAGUCAGGUGAUGCUGACCCUCGCUAUAUAUCGACAGCCACGAUAAACUGGGACCACAUGUCAUACAUUGUUGAGAAAUUACCCGGAAGGAACGAAUAUCAGGGGGUUGGCUUUAUAAAUUUGAACGAGGAUGAGAUUGAUCUGUGGAAGGAGCUGAUACCCGACGGUGAGCAUAUCGGGUUACACCUGUCAUGUGCAGCCAAUAAUGUAACUUGGGAAUCCCUGUACCCGGAAUGGAUCGAUGAAGAAGAAGAAUUCGAAGUUCCCAUCUGUCCUUCUCUUCCCUGGAUUCAAGUCCCUGGAAAACCUCGGAUCGAUCUUGUCAUUGCCAAGCUCCCGUGCAACAAAAAAUCAGGGAAGUGGUCAAGGGACGUGGCUCGGUUACACUUGCAACUUGCAGCAGCUCGAGUGGCUGCCUCUUCUAAAGGGCUUCAUGAUGUACAUGUCCUAUUGAUAUCCGAUUGCUUCCCUAUCCCGAAUCUUUUUACUUGCAAGGAACUCGUUACCCAUCGGGGAAACGCUUGGCUGUACAAGCCCGACCUUAACACAUUGAGGCAAAAGGUACAACUGCCCGUCGGUUCCUGUGAACUCGCUGUUCCUCUUAAAGCUAAAGAUAACUUCUACUCGGCAAGAGCAAAGCGGGAAGCGUAUGCAACCAUCUUGCACUCUGCUCAUUUCUACGUAUGUGGAGCCAUUACGGCGGCACAGAGUAUUCGUAUGGCAGGUUCUACUCGGGAUCUCGUGAUACUUGUCGAUGAAUCAAUAAGUGACUACCACCGAGGUGGCCUAGAAGCUGCUGGAUGGAAGAUCCACACGAUUCAGAGAAUCCGAAACCCGAAGGCCGAACCAGAAGCAUACAACGAGUGGAACUACAGCAAGUUUCGGCUUUGGCAGUUGACUGAAUAUGACAAGAUCAUCUUUAUAGACGCUGAUCUGCUCAUUCUUAGGAACAUCGACUUCCUCUUCGAGAUGCCCGAGAUAUCUGCUACAGGGAACAAUGCAACGCUCUUCAACUCGGGGGUAAUGGUAGUCGAGCCAUCCAACUGUACGUUCCAGCUGUUGAUGGAUCACAUCGAUGAGAUCGUUUCAUACAACGGAGGAGAUCAAGGUUACCUUAACGAGAUAUUCACUUGGUGGCAUCGGAUUCCAAAGCACAUGAAUUUCCUGAAGCAUUUCUGGGAAGGAGAUGAACCCGAGAAGAAACAGGCGAAGACCCGUCUAUUCGGAGCCGAUCCUCCGAUACUCUAUGUCCUGCAUUACCUCGGGAACAAACCCUGGUUAUGCUUCAGAGACUACGACUGCAACUGGAACGUCGACAUUCUCCAGGAGUUUGCAAGCGAUAUAGCCCACAAAACAUGGUGGAAAGUUCACGACGCCAUGCCAGAGAACCUGCAGAAAUUCUGCCUGCUGAGAUCGAAACAGAAGGCGCAGAUCGAGUGGGACAGAAGGCAAGCCGAGAAAGGGAAUUACACAGAUGGGCAUUGGAAGAUAAAGAUCAAAGACAAGAGACUGGAGACUUGUUUUGAAGACUUCUGUUUCUGGGAGAGUAUGCUUUGGCAUUGGGGUGACAAGAACUGGACCGACAAUUCCACCGCCGGUUUAUUGCCUCCUCCGGGGCAGAAAUUCGCUCUCUCAAGAGCCUUGUGAGUUCGUUCUUUGGUUGCCUUAUAUAGUUAUUUUUUCUGGGGAUACAACAAAGCCAUAGAUGCAGAGAUGAGAGAGUUUCAUGCAUUGUUGAACUUGAACACCUUUUUUACCUCAAGAAUCUUUAGAUUUGUUCUGUUUGCACAAAUGUGUACCAAACCAAAUGCUCCGGUUUGGGUUUUCCACCGGUUCAAUAUCUAAAGUCCGUAGCCAGCUGUGGAUAUUUCGAUUCGGUUGUGAUAACUAAAUCGAUCCGAACUCAAUAAUAUAUAUAUAUAGGUGGUUCAAUA